GGAAAUACCAGUCUAUCUGUACAAAGAUAAAGGGCGGUCAACCUCUGCGUCCAUGCAAGAAAUAGUUAAAGCCGUUCGUUUAACUGUUCAAUUCAAAAUUCAUGUGAGCGUUCCAUUCCCGAAGUCGGACAAUUUUAGUGCCAAAAUAAAUAAAAGAGCUCCAGAAUGAGCCACAGCGGUGGCUCCGCUGCUCCGGAGACGAAGGCUUCAGUUACAGUUGCAGUUGCGGUUUGCGGCGACCCCGAUGGCGGCGGCGGCGGCGGCGGCAAGGGAAGCCGGCGUGCUGUGACGUGGGCUGUUGAUAAUUUCAUGCACGAAGCCGAUCGGUUCGUUUUAGUCCACGUCAUGCCCAAAAUCGCAUCUAUCCCAACUCCAUCGGGAGAUCGGAUACCCGUGACAGAAUUGGAUACAAAUGUGGUGGCAAUGUACGUGCAGGACAUGAAAGAGAAGCUUGAAGAAGUUUUCAUACCGUUUAAGAAGCUAUGCAAAGCAAGACAGAUGGAAUCUGUGGUUUUAGAAGAUGAUGAUCCUGCGGCUGCACUUCUAAGAUACGCAUCUGACUCACAGAUUAAUACUUUAGUGUUGGGCUCUUGCUCUUCAAAUUGCAUAACUAGGAAACUGAAGGGACCAGGGGUACCAACAAAGGUUUUAAGAUGUGAUUCCAAUACAUGUGAUAUUUUUGUUGUAUCCAAACAAAGAAUCAUCCCAAAAGCGGCUUGUCUCUCAUAUGUUAGUGAGACUAGCUCUGCACAAUGCAAUGUCACUCAAGGAGAUCAUAGAGAAGGCUCUAGCAUUUUUAGUGAACAAGUAUCCAGGCUUCAUUCUUUUCCUGUGGAAUCCCAAGUGCGUAAAACUUUUGGAGCAACAACAAUAUCAGAUCUUAGUUUCCUGAAUUCGGAAUCAUUUUCACAAAUUGGCUCUCGUAGAAGUUCCAUUGUAGAUCUGCAAAGGAAUCUCCAAAGCUUCGGAGACGACCUUGAAACCCUUACUUCUAAGCAAUGCAAUUCCUUGGUUUCUUUCAAGAGUGAACAGCUAGAUGCUCAGGUUGAGGCAGAAAAUUUACAUCAAGAAUUGCAAAAUACCAUUGCAAUGUACAAAAGAACCUGCGAAGAGCUAGUCCAUGCUCAGAGGAAGGUCCAGUUACUUUCUUCUGAAUGCCUUGAGGAAACAAGAAACAUAAAUGAUGCCCUUCAAAGAGAAGAAACAUUCAGGAAAGUUGCUGAAGAAGAAAGAUCAAAGCAUUUGGAAGCUGUGAAGGAGGUUGAGAAUGCGAAACUUUUGCUUGCAGAAGAGGCUUACGAAAGACAGAUUGCUGAACUAAAUGCCAUCAAAGAGUCCUCAGAGAAAAGGCAGAUUGUUGAUACACUCUUUUCUAGUGAUUGCAGAUACAAGAGGUACACUAGCAAUGAAAUAGAGGUUGCAACAAAUUUCUUUUCUGAGACUAAUGUCAUUGGUGAAGGAGGGUAUGGGAAAGUCUAUAAAUGCAGUCUUGAUCACACCCCGGUAGCUGUUAAGGUUCUUCAAAGUAAUGCAACUAGCAAGAAAGAGGAGUUCCUGAAAGAGGUUGAAGUUCUAAGCCAGUUACACCAUCCAAACAUAGUUUUGCUGCUUGGAGCCUGUCCUGAGAGUGGUUGCCUGGUGUAUGAGUACUUGGAAAAUGGAAGCCUGGAGGAUUAUAUACUCCACCGGAAUGGAAGGCCAUCUCUUCCUUGGUUUAUUAGAUUCCGUAUAGUUUUUGAAAUAGCUUGUGGGCUUGCAUUCUUGCACAACUCAAAGCCAGAUCCCAUUGUCCAUCGAGAUAUAAAACCGGGCAAUAUCUUGUUAGACAGAAAUUAUGUGAGCAAAAUUGGGGAUGUUGGUCUGGCCAAACUUAUUUCUGAUGUUGUGCCUGACAAUAUUACCGAGUACAGAGACUCCAUCAUUGCUGGUACACUCUUUUACAUGGAUCCAGAGUAUCAAAGAACUGGAACAAUCCGACCAAAAUCAGAUUUAUAUGCUUUUGGAAUCAUAAUCCUCCAAUUAUUGACAGCUCGUCAUCCAAAUGGACUUCUGUUGACCAUUGAAAAAGCAAUUGCAAAUGGUUCCUUUGUUGACAUUUUAGAUAAGUCAGUUGUAGAUUGGCCACUUGUUGAAACAGAGGAAUUAGCUCGAGUUGCUUUGAGGUGUUCCAAACUCAGAUGCAGGGAAAGACCAGAUCUUGAAGCUGAAGUUCUUCCUGUCCUAAAAAGGCUAGUUGAUAUUGCAAAUGCUAGUGUAAAAGUAGAAAGAAAUAAUGUCUAUGCACCAAGCCACUACUAUUGUCCAAUUCUCCAGGAAAUUAUGGAUGAUCCGCAUAUAGCUGCUGAUGGGUUUACCUACGAGUACCAAGCAAUCAAGGCAUGGCUUGAGAAGCACAAAGUUUCCCCAUCUACAAAGCUUAAACUAGAGCACACCAUGUUAACUCCAAACCAUACAUUACGUUCGGCCAUCCAUGAUUGGAGGUCACGAGUGACAUUGUCAAGUACCUAAAUUGAAAUAGCAAUUGAGCUAUGCACUAUUUCUACCAAUCUUUUUCUUCUAGAAACUGCUUGGUAUUUGGAUCAUAUCUUUGUUCGUCUAAGAUGUGCAUGUGAACAUGAGCAUCCAGAAAUGUAAUUAAUGUUUCGUGCUAAA